CCUGGCAGGAAGCCAUCAAAUUUUCAGUUUUAGACAAAAUGUUGAGCGACAAAAUGGAUCAGUCCACUGAGUUGACCAGCCAGACGGAAAUGGAAUCCGCCGUUGUCCACUCGGUAAAGAUCGAAGAGAGGGAGGACCUCGUAUUCAACGAAAAGCACCAGAUAUUUGACAUUGCCCCCAGGCCGCACGUCGAGUUGUCUGGCCAUUUCUUACGAAGUUUCGCCUAUUUCACGCUUAAGCACCGCUCGCCCAUGAUGUUAGGGGAAAUGAUUAGUUUCCUAAAUGAUUACGAGCCGAAGAUAAUGGAGAUCUUUGGAUCCUAUGCACACUUCGAUUUGAAAAGGAUUUGCUGGAGUCUGCAGCUACUGCGCGAUGAGGUACAGGAAAACCAGGAGUUUCAGCUGUUCCAUGGCAAGGCCCCUGAUGUCGAGGACUGGAAUCGGUUUAUUAGCACUCUGGACGAGGAUAGGAAUCGUUGGUUCUCCUCCGUCUGGCUGCACGCCGAAUGCUAUAUGUAUAGACGCAUUUGGGCUAUUUUCCGGCGCUCUGACUUGCUCUCCAGCUACGACUACUUUUCGCAGAAAAAGAUCGAUGCCACGACAAGCGUUGUGAAACUAAUGAGGGAUGUUAUCAUGGGUAUGCGGGGAAUGCUGCGCUCUCAGGAGAAAUUCCAGCGCAUGCUGAAGCUGUCCCUGUGGAGCAAUCGCUGUGAUCUGUCCAUAAACAAACAGGCUCCAGAUGCUCAGUUUCUGAAGCUAAUGGCGGAUUACGAGUCUGAUCUGCUGGUGGAUCAGUCUGCGGAUGUCUGGCGUGUCCUCACCGAGGCCUGGGACCCCGUUUAUGUGGACAUUGUGUGCGAUAACGCUGGCUUCGAACUCUUCUCAGACCUGCUGUUGGCCGAAUACCUCAUCGAAACGGGCUUGGCUCUCAAAGUGCGAUUCCAUGUCAAGGCCAUUCCUUGGUUCAUCUCCGACGUCACUAAGCAGGACUUUCUCUGGAUGCUGAGAUUCCUUCGCAGUCACAAGACCUCCGAAAUAGCCGCAUUCGGACGCCGUCUGCGUCGAUACAUGCGGGAUCGUUCGUUCGUCUUGUGCGACACCUGCUACUUUUGGACCAGCCCCCACGACUGCAGCCAGAUGAAGAAGCGCCUGCCCUGCCUGUACGUCUCUCUCAGCGAGGCAGCGCUGGUCAUCUUCAAGGGGGAUCUCAACUACCGCAAACUGCUCGGCGAUAUCAACUGGGAUUACACAGCGCCUCUGAUCGAGUGCAUGCGUGGCUUCUUUCCGACCAGUGUGUGUGCGUUGCGUACCAUAAAGUCGGACAUCUACUGCGGUCUCCCAAUCUGCACGGUGGAGUGGCUGUCCGAGGACGAUCCCCAAUGGAUGAGGACGGGUAAGAAGGGCGUCAUCCAAGUGGCCGUCAUGCAUAGACUCUCGGGGGAUGCACUAGUUUAAAGAAUAUAGUUUAUAAAUAGCAAAGAAUGACCUCGUAUUAUUUGAUACAAGACAGCACAUAAUACGUAUGUA